GUCUGUGUAUCUCUGCGUUCCAUGGUGCUUCGUUCCUGUCUGUGUCUCUCUGCCCCUCAGCCCUUUUGUAUGCUCUCAGGUGGGGUGUGUCCAUCUGAGCGUGGCCUCGCGUGGCGGUUUUUGUUCGGGAUGUAUCCAUGCGGUUCAACAGCUUUAGAGCGCUCGUUGCUGCAGGAGCAGUUGGUCGUACGUUAUCAGGUGAUGAAGAGAAAGUGGCAGCACUUCCUCCCCUCAGCCAUGCGAAUGCACCUCAAUGGCACUGAUGCUGAGUUGCUGGCAGCCGUCAGGUACUUUGACCAGAGACAGGCACAGACCCAGCAACAAUCUCAGGACAGGUCAGAGGCAGUCAGAGUUAGAAUGGCUUUUUUGGAGCUUCAGGCACAGAUAUUGUUUGAGCGGGUCACAUUUGACCGUGAGGAGCUGCAGGAAGCCAUUCGAAUCAUUGAUAAAGAUGUGCCCCGAACCAACAGAGACCUGAGCUAUUACCAGAAUGAAGGCUUAGGCAAUCUGUUGGUUCUGCGAGAAAUCCUCAUCACUUAUGCUGCUUUUCAUCCAGAGGUCAGUUAUGCCCAGGGGAUGAAUGACCUGUGCAGCCGAUUCCUGGAGGUCCUCGACUGUGAGGUUGACACUUUCUGGAGUUUUUCAUGCUACAUGGAGAAAUUCUCCAGGGACUUCAGGGCCGAUGGUCUACACAGGAAAAUAGAGUUGGAGGCAGCUCUGCUGAAGGAACUGGACCCUCCGCUUUAUGCUCAUCUGGUGAAAGACAACAUGGAGAGGUUUACAUUUUGUCACAGGUGGCUGCUGCUUGGUUUCCAGAGGGAGUUUGAACACAGCGAAGCACUACGCUUGUUCGAGAUCCUGAGCUGUGACCACCUGGAGCUCAUCUCACAGCAAGUCGACCGAGCUCGUUACCAGGAAAGAGUAGCUCAGAAAUUCAGCACAGAAGACGGUUCAGAGUCAGAGCUGCAGGCGAUCAACACUGACUUCACCUUUGAGCUCUUCAUCUGCGCAGCCAUCCUUUUAGAGCACAGAGAGUCUCUGUUGCAGUGCCCAGAUGACGUUCAGCUCCUCCAAUAUACUAACGGCCUUCAGGGGACACUGGACCUGAACAGUAUACUGAAGAAAGCAGAGAAUCAUUUCUACAACUACUGCAAGCGCUGUGCUUGGGAUUAUACGAAUGGUCGCUGCAGGCCUGAUCGGAGCAAACACGAGGACUUUUUUUAUCAUCUCCGUAGUUUAUUUGUUUUAAAAUGAUUUUAUUUUUUUUAAUGAUCUUAGAGGUUGUAAUCUGUAGCUGACAAAUGAUCCCUACAUGCACUUUUUGAUGCCACUUACUUUUUUGUCUGAGGGAAAUGCACUAAUGUACUGCUGGUUGCUGCUCACUUUAAAUUUGCUCACUUUAAAUUUGCUCACUUAUCACUAUGAGUACGUGUACACUAUUUAUUGUCUUAUAGUUGACCAACACUGGGUGUGAGUUGUUGUGCGGUGAUUUUUUUUUUUUUUUUUUUUUUUUUUUUUUUUUUUUUUUUUAAAUGUAAGGCCUAAUCUUUUAUUACUUCACAGUAGGAGCUUUGUUUUAUUUUUUUCCAGGUUAUCAGUUUAUAAAUAAGCCCGGUCUCUUCGCUGGCAGUUAUAUUUAAUGCUGGAUGACACAUGUGUCAGAGGGGCCUACAGUAUGUGUACCACAGUGUCCAAGUGUCCAAGAAACCACAUUGCAUAACUGCCCUAAAUAGAGAAUGACAAACAUGCACACUAUGAAUGUUUGGAAAAAAAAUGUACCUCAGUAAAAGUGUUGAAGAUUUUUAUUCUGAUGGUGAAUAAGGCUGUUUCAUUUUAAUUUUUGAAUCUUUUAAAAUAAAAGAUGACCUUGUGUUUUGAAAGAA